GCCCCGAAUGCCAUUAUUAAUGAUCCCAUCCAGUACAAUACUCACAUCUCUUCCUUCCAUGUCAAUAUCCCAAACCAAAUACCCCAUCCAGCACCAUGUUAGUUCUUGUUACUGGUGCUACGGGCAACAUCGGCCGUUAUGCCAUUACCAGCCUCCUUGCUAGAGGCCACCAAGUCCGGAUCCUCGCUCGCAACGCUUCUUCUAAGCUAUCACCCGAUAUCCUCUCUCGCCUAGAAGGUAUCGUGCAUAGUACUGGCUAUGACGACAUCAACUCUUUAAACCGUGGUUGCGCCGGCGUCGAUGCCAUCAUCAACGCUUACAGUGGGAGACCAGAACUCACGCUCGAAGGCCAAUUACUCCUACUCCGCGCAGCAGAGCGAGCCGGCGUAAAGAGAUUCGUCGCAGCAUGUUGGAGCUACGAUUGGACUGCACUUCAGCUCGGGCAGCACGAGAGUUACGACCCCUUCAUCGCCUUCCACAACCACGUCGAGUUGACAUCAACCAUCCGACCGAUCUACAUCCUCAACGGUGUCUUUGCCGAAGUGCUCUUUGCCACUCCCGGCCACGGCGACUUCACGCCUCAGAAUCACGGCUGUUGGGACCCGCAGGGUAAGAGGCUCGAGAUAUGGGGGACCGGCAACGAACCUUGGCAUUGGACUACCGAGAAAGAUGCGGCCGAGUUUGCGGUCGAGAUCGUUCAGAGAGACGACGCAGCUGAAGGGGGGUUCUGGCGUCUUUGCUCGGGCGUGAACACCCUAAGGGAGAUCGCCACUGCGUAUGAAGCUGUUAGAGGGAUCAAAUUGGACGUUGAGGUUAUGGGAACUGUAGAAGAGCUGAGAAAGAGAGCGCUGCAGGCGAGAAGCGAGGGAUCUCGACGGAACUUUUGGUCUUAUAUUGGUUGGUUCUAUCAGCUCUUCACUGUGGAUGGGACGUGGACCCUGAAGACGCUCGAUAAUGAGAAGCUAGGGUUGCGGACUACAACUCUCCAGGAAUUUCUGCUGCAGAAUCCGUCUAUCUAGCGCCUGGUUAAAUACAUACUCUAAAGGGCUGACUCACAUGACGGGGACCUAGUAGGC